AUGUUUCGCGGCUUUAGUUUUCGACUCUUGCAUCGAGUCGUUUUCAUUUCCUCCUGUCUGAUUUUCGCCUGUUUUUAUCAUGGUGGUGGUUCAGAGCAUGACAGGCGAGAAUAUAAAACAGAACUGAACAAAUUAAAAGAUGAAUUCAAAGGUAAAUCCUUGAAUGUUGACGUUUCUCUCGAACAAGACGAACGCGUCUCAAACUUGACAGAAAAUGCGAGACAAAUUGAUGGCCGCAAGGCGCGGAAGAAAACUCAUCUUUCAAAGAUGGUUAGAAAAGGUAAAUUUUGAAAAUGUGAGAAUGUUAGCACUGAACAAGGAGUAAUUGUUAACCAUAAUUUAUGCCUCCCAUCUUAACGAAUAAUCUUAAACUAUGUAAUUACACAUGAAGGCAUUACUUCCCGCACACGCAUUAGUGCUGCAUCUCCUGAGCUCCGUUUAGAAUAUUCACUGUAAAUAAUUCAUCUCGUUGUUGGGUUAAUCUGGCUGUGGAUAAAGAUUCCCUCAGCCGUUUUAUUUCAACUUUCAAAAUAGAAUACACAUGCAGGAUAUGUACCCACAUUAAAAUGUUCUGAAACGGUUUUGCCGAGAUAAAGGUGAGGCCAAGAUUACGCCAUAACAUACAAAGGUAAGAAUUAAAACUACAAUACAUACAGUAUAUUAUACUAUGGAUACAGACAUGGGGAGGAGGUGGGUUACCAAGUUUGUUAUAGUCUUCAACAGGUGAUGUUUCUUCACGGUAAGAUGUACGUGAAUGCUUAGAACUUAGCAUUGGGCCCGGGGUGUGUUACAAAACCUUUCGCUAUCGUUAUCUUUUCAGAGUGUGGAAAAAAACCUGAACAGACUUCAAAUUGCUCUCAAUUUCGCAAAACAGCUCGUGGUAUCAAGUUUUUGUUAUAUAUAUAGAUUCCUUGAGUACCCAUAAUGUAGAAUAAUGAAAAACAAAUACUCGAACUCAAAUUAUGUAAACCAGGGGGCCAAGGGGGCGUUUCUUUUCCAACAAACUAAAAAUGGCUUGCGCACGAAAUUUAAAAGGUUUAAUAAUAUUUUGAGUUAAUGGAUGGAAAAUUUGUUGGGUUUUUAAUUACUGUACAAAAUUUCAGCCAUUCGCAUGCUUAAUUAAUGCCUUUACCUAAUUUGCAUAUUACUGGCAUAUCUGGCAUGCUUAAUUAAUGCCUUUACCUAAUUUGCAUAUGGCUGGCAUAUGCAAAUUAGGCAAAGGCAUUAAUUCAGGAUGCAAACGGCUGAUUUUUUUAGGAAAAAAACGUAUAAGUUUGCGGGAAUAGUUAAAGGGCUUACACUGAAAAAAAUUGUCUGAAAUUUCGUGACACAAGUAAACACCCAACACAUUUUCACCCAUUAACUCAAAAUACGAUUAAAGCUUUUAAAUCUCGUGCGCAAGUCAUUUUUAGUUUGUUGGAAAAGAACAAAAACACUCCCCUGGUUUACAAAAUUGGAAUCCGGAUGUUGUUUCGCACCUUCCAAACUUUCUUGAAUUGAAAUUCCUAUUUGCAAACAAACAUUUUCUUUAUUUCCAGGAAAUAUGAUGAAAACACUCCAAAAUAAAAGAAUACAAAACAGCCCAGUACUACCUUUUUCAACUCCAUCGUCGUCUGACGUAAACGUUUCACGCAAAGAAUCGACAACCAUCUCCCACUCAAAUGAGACAGAAUGGCAAAAUGAUCGCAGUAAAAACAUAUCUUCAUUGGAUAAUCAAAUUUUUCACCAGAAUAACUUGAGAGAAACAGCCAAAAGAGAAACGUCCUCUUCACUCACAACUCAACAUCUCCGAACCAGACGUGAAAUUGAUUCGAAAUCUGAGUAUACUCAGGAAGAUCUAUUAAUGUGCAAUGAUUCAAUCAUCAAUAUAAAAUACGAUGGUGAAUACAAAGUUCGGACUGACUUUUCAAUAUUCUUUAAGAACAAGGUGUACGAUUAUACUGAAUAUCGAGUUCUGAAUGAUGGCAUAAAGAUUUGUAACUCCACUGACAACUACGUAAGGAAUAUUUGGAAAGUACGCAAUAAAUGGGUAACAGCGAGAAUGCAUCAGAAAAGUUGCAAUAAACCCAUCAGAGAGUCUUGGUUUUACCGAAAGUAUUACACUCUGAAUAAGCAGUUCACUAUCUAUCUCACACGUAGGAGUCAAUAUUUCACAAGAAAUGACUAUGGGGUGGAAGACGGUAAACUUUAUAUAUGCGAUGAAAAGUUCAAAUCCGAAUCAACAGAGUAUACCCAGGAAGAUCUACUAAUGUGCAACGAUUCAUUCAUCAAUAUAAAAUACGAUGAUGAAUACAAAGUUGGGACUGACUUUUCAAUACUCUAUAAGAACAAGGUGUACGAUUAUACCGAGUAUCAAGUUCUAAAUGAUAACAUAAAGAUAUGUAACUCCACAGAUAACUACGUAAAGAAUAUUUGGAAAGUACGCAAUAACUGGGUAAAGGCGAGAAUGCAUCAGAAAAGUUGCAAUAAACCCAUUAGAGAGUCUUGGUUGUACCAAAAGUAUUACAGUGUGAAUAAGCAGUUCACUGUCUAUUUGGAACGUCGUGGUCAAUAUUUCACAAGAAAUGACUAUGGGGUAAAAGAUGGCCAACUUUAUAUAUGUGAAGAAAAGUUCAGACCAACAUCAGCAGAGUAUACUCAGGAAGAUCUAUUAAUGUGCAAUGAUUCAAUCAUCAAUAUAAAAUACGAUGAUGAAUACAAAGUUUGGACUGACUUUUCAAUACUCUAUAAGAACAAGGUGUACGAUUAUACGGAGUAUCGAGUUCUGAAUGACAACAUAAAGAUUUGUAACUCCACCGAUAACUACGUAGGGAAUAUUUGGAAAGUACGCAAUAAAUGGGUAAAGUUGACAAUGCAUCAAAAAAGUUGCAAUAAACCCAUUAGAACCUUUUGGUUGAACCGAAAGUAUUACACUGUGAAUAAGCAGCUCACUGUCUAUGACGCACCAAAGAGUCAAAAUUUCACAAGAAAAAACUAUGGGGUGCACGACGGCAUACCUUAUAUAUGCCAAGAAAAGUUCAAACCCACAUCAACAGAGUAUACCCAGGAAUGUCUGUUAAUGUGCAACGAUUCAAUCAUCAAUAUAAAAUACGAUGAUAAAUACAAAGUUCGGACUUACUUUUCAAUACUCUAUAAGAACAAGGUGUACGAUUAUACUGAGUAUCGAGUUCUCAAUGAUAGCAUAAAGAUUUGUAACUCCACUGAUAACUACGUAAAGAAUAUUUGGAAAGUACGCAAUAAAUGGGUAAAGGCCACAUUGCAUGAAAAAAGUUGCAAUAAACCCAUUACAAACAUUUGGUUGUACCGAGAGUAUUACGCUGUGAAUAAGCAGUUCACUGUCUAUGACGCACCUGCGAGUCAAUAUUUCACAAGAAAUGAGUAUGGAGUGAAAGACGGUAAACCUACUAUAUGCAAAGAAAAGUUCAAACCCACAUCAACAAAGUAUACCCAGGAAGAUCUGUUAAUGUGCAACGAUUCAAUCAUGACUAUAAAAUACGAUGAUGAAAACAAAGUUCGGACUGACUUUUCAAUACUCUAUAAGAACAAGGUGUACAAUUAUACUGAGUAUCGAGUUCUGAAUGAUGGCAUAAAGAUUUGUAACUCCACUGAUAACUACGUAAGGAAUAUUUCGAAAGUACGCAAUAAAUGGCUAGAGGCAACAAGGCAUGAAAAAAGUUGCAAUAAACCCAUUAGGGCCUUUUGGCUUUCCCGAAAGUAUUACACAGUGAAUAAGCAGUUCACGGUCUAUUUCGUGGCUACGAGUCAAUAUUUCACAAAAAAUGACUAUGGGGUGACAGACGGCAGACUAAGGAUAUGCCAAGAAAAGUUAAGAUCCACAUCAAGAGAGUAUACCCAGGAAGAUCUAUUAAUGUGCAACAAUUCAAUCAUGAAUAUAAAACACGAUGAUGAAUACAAAGUUCGGACUGACUUUUCAAUAUUUUAUAAGAACAUGGUAUUCAAUUAUACUGAAUAUCGAGUUCUGAAUGAUGGCAUAAAGAUUUGUAACUCCAUUGAUAACUACGUAAAGAAUAUUUGGAAAGUACGCAAUAAAUGGGUAAAGGGGAGAAUGCAUGAAAAAAGUUGCAAUAAACCAAUUACAACCUUUUGGUUGAACCGAAAGUAUUACACUGUGAAUAAGCAGUUCACUGUCUAUUUUGCAGCUACGAAUCAAUAUUUCACAAGAAAUGACUAUGGGGUGAAAGACGGCCUACUUUAUAUAUGCCAAGAAAAGUUCAAACCCACAUCAACAGAGUAUACCCAGGAAGAUCUAUUAAUGUGCAACGAUUCAAUCAUCAAUAUAAAACACGAUGAUGAAUACAAAGUUCGGACUGACUUUUCAAUACUCUAUAAGAACAAGGUGUACGAUUAUACUGAGUAUCGAGUUCUGAAUGAUGGCAUAAAGACUUGUAACUCCACUGAUAACUACGUCAGGAAUAUUUGGAAAGUACGCAAUAAAUGGGUAAAGGCAAGAAUACAUGAAAAAAGUUGCAAUAAACCAAUUAGAAUCUUUUGGUUGAACCGAAAGUAUUACACUGUGAACAAGCAGUUCACUGUCUAUGACGCACCUGCGAGUCAAAAUUUCACAAGAAAUGACUAUGGGGUGCACGACGGUAGACCUUAUAUAUGCCAAGAAAAAUUCAAACCCACAUCAACAGAGUAUACCCAGGAAGAUCUAUUAAUGUGCAACGAUUUAAUCAUCAAUAUAAAAUACGAUGAUGAAUACAAAGUUCGGACUGACUUUUCAAUACUCUAUAAGAACAAGGUGUACAAUUAUACUGAGUAUCGAGUUCUGAAUGAUGGCAUAAAGAUUUGUAACUCCACUGAUAACUACGUAAGGAAUAUUUGGAAAGUACGCAAUAAAUGGGUAAAGUUGACGAUGCAUGAAAAAAGUUGCAAUAAACCAAUUAGAACCUUUUGGUUGUACCGAAAGUAUUACGCUGUGAAUAAGGAGUUCACUGUCUAUGACGCACCAAAGAGUCAAUAUUUAACAAGAAAUGACUACGGGGUGGACGACCCUAAACCUUACAUCUGCCAAGAAAAGUUAAGAUCCACAUCAACAGAGUAUACCCAGGAAGAUCUAUUAAUGUGCAACGAUUCAAUCAUCAAUAUAAAAUACGAUGAUGAAUACAAAGUUUGGACUGACUUUUCAAUACUCUAUAAGAACAAGUUGUACGAUUAUACUGAGUAUCGAGUUCUGAAUGAUAGCAUAAAGAUUUGUAACUCCACUGAUAACUACAUAAGGAAUAUUUGGAAAAUACGCAAUAAGUGGGUGAAGGAGACGAUGCAUGAAAAACGUUGCAGUAAACCCAUUAGAACCUUUUGGUUUUCCCGAAAGUAUUACACUGUGAAUAAGAAGUUCACUGUCUAUCUGGCGGGUAGGAGUCAAUAUUUCACACGAAAUGACUAUGGGGUGAUAAACGGUAGACCUUAUAUAUGCAAAGAAAAGUUCAAACCCACAUCAACAGAGUAUACCCAGGAAGAUCUAUUAAUAUGCAACGAUUCAAUCAUCAAUAUAAAAUACGAUGAUGAAUACAAAGUUCGGACAGACUUUUCAAUACUCUAUAAAAACAAGGUGUACGAUUUUUCAGAGUAUCGAGUUCUGAAUGAUGGCAUAAAGAUUUGUAACUCCACGGAUAACUACGUAAGGAAUAUUUGGAGAGUACGCAAUACAUGGGUGAAGGCGGGAAUAUAUGAAAAAAGUUGUAAUAAACCCAUUACAUACAUUCAGUUCGACCGAUGGGAAUACACUGUGCUUCAGAAUUUAGGAAUUCUGAUUUUGGCAACAAAGCAGCAGAUAACAAAGUACAAUUAUGCUGUAUAUAAAGGUAAACUUAUAGCAUGUGUGACCGAAUGCGCCAAUUUUACCUUUACUAUAAAGUAUGAAAAUGAAUACAGAGUAUGGAACAAUUUCUCAAUGAUGUACCAAGGUCAAAUGUACUCUUAUGAUGAGUACAGAAUAACGGACGAUGGUCUACAAGUUUGUAAUUCUUCUGACCGUCUCAUUAAAGAAAAAUGGCGGAAUUUCAUUGUUUCGGCAAAGAUAACGACAGCUUUUAAACAUUGUAAUGUAUCUGUGGACGGUUUUUACUCCGAAAAUUACACAUUACAUACAAACUUUACUGUUUUCUUCAAACCUACCAAUCAAAAUUUCACAAGGCAAGAUUACGGAGUGAUUAUGGGGUAUUUUGCAAUUUGUUCAAGAAAGCUCCGAUUGUCCUGCAAUGAUGAUUUGGUCAAAGUAAAGUACGGUGAACAAUACAAUGUUUUUAAAAACUUUUCGCUGGUUUCCAACGGGAAGAUGUACGAUUAUCGCGAAUAUCGAUUAAGCCACGACAGUCUUGAAAUGUGUGGUUCCAAUGAUUCAAGAGUUCAGGCGAUUUGGAGAACGCGAAAUUCGUGGCAAAAGUCAUUACCCGCAUCCUGUUAUCGUUCUUACAAAUUAAAUGCAAGAUACUACACUAUGACAAAGCAGUUUGCUGUGUAUUCGGCUGAUAACGGUCAAUAUUUCAAAAGAAAUGACUAUGCGGUGCUAGACGGUAAACCUUAUGUAUGCGGCAAAGAAAACUUAAGUCCUAUUUACGUAAUUACAAACUUUAAGAUUAUUAUACCACCGUUAUGUGCUUUAGCGCUUUCUAUUAUUUCUUUGCUAUUGUUGUUGAUAGUUUACUGCAUGCUUCCAGAACUGCGCACACUUCCUGGUUUGAAUUUAAUGAGUUUUAGUUUCGCCUUGCUGUUGUGGCAGAUUUACCUUGUAGUAUUUUUGUCACUGUAUUCUCGUGUAGGUAAACUGUUUAAGAUACCGUGUGCUAGGUUGUUUGUAGCAAACAAGUUUAUGACGUAUAGUAUAAUUAUGAAUGCUGCUGUUAAUAUCCAUCACUUAAGAAACAGAUUUUGUGGGAAUACUGUAGUGAAAUCUGAUGAACUGAAGAAAUGGAACAGAUUUUUGAAGUAUAGUUUCUUUAGCUGGGGAGUUCCUGUUAUUAUAACGAUUGUUUACAUUGUGCUAGCAAAGGAAGAUGUUCUAAGGUUUGAUCAAAAUAUAGCGUCUAUGUCUAUAAAGAACGAUGUUCAAUCGAGCUUAAGAUUUUAUCGACGCAAUGCGAAUGGAGAUGCGACGGCAAAUAAUAUAGGGAUUUAUCACCGUAUUGCCUCCUUGAGGGGAAAUGCCCUGCAGUCAAAGUGGAGGUUUAAUCAAAGGACUGACACUGUACUUGAAGAUGCCCAGACGAGAUUAAAUCAAAGCACUGACACUGUACUUGAAGAUGCCCAGACGAGGUUAAAUCAAGGCACUGUACUUGGGAAAGAAGAUGCGACGGAAGAUGAUGCAAGGAUUUAUCAACGUAUUGUAUCUUUGAAGAAAGAUGUUCAGUCAAGCUUAAAGUUUUAUGAACGCAUUGUAUUUGCGAAUGGAGAUGGGAAGGAAGAUGAUGCAAGGAUUUAUCAACAGAUCUCUGGAGAUUGUAUCAACGGUCGAAUUACUCCCGAUUGGUCAGCAAAUGUUGAUGUAUACUGCCUUCAAGGUUGUCUUUUGUUGUAUAUUAUUGGAAUGUUCAUCCUCACUGCUCAUCGAAUUCGCCAAAAACUCAAGGCAAGCAGGAACAUUGCACAGAAAUCGAAUAUUGUUAAACGACGUAAAUUUGUCAUAUUGCUCAAACUUUCAACCACUACAGCCUUAAGUUAUUGGUUUCCUCUCUUCAUAUCUAGAAUCGUGGAUUUUGAUUUCGUCAUAAAGAUAGCGUUGUAUACUGUAACGUUGCUUACUGGUGCCUACAUUGGUAUUGCGUUUGUCUUCACACGAAGAAAUUAUCAGUUGUUGAAGAAAAAAUAUUUCCCAGCAAAGAAUAAGCCGCCAGUUAACGAAAUUCCGCUGAAUAGACUAUAG